CUUCAUCUAUUCUGUGACCUAAUAAUAAAUUAAACAAAGGACGCAGGAUAUGCCAUAUUUUGUUGUUUGCAAAUUUUAGGUUUCACGUGUUACGGUAAUUAAUAAUUAUGUAAAGUUACAUCGUGUUAGGUACUCUUUUAUUUUUUGUUGAUCCUUGUUGAAAAAAGCCGGUGCAAAGUGACGAAACGUCAUCUCUCAACUAGUGGCAUGAAUAUAAACAAACUUUUUGUCUAUAACAGAUUUUUACUUUAACGAAUUAAUUAUAAUGAUUAAGCAUCCGUACGUGUCUUGUAUAAAGCUAAAUGGAAAGCCAAUAUUACCACCGCUUAUCACUUCAGAAAGGCGAAAGGAAAUCAACAUGCACAAACAGCAAGCCAUCAAACUGGAGCAACGUUUAAAAAACUGCAGGGCUUUACGCAAACACUUGAAUGAUCUCCUUACAACUCGAUGUUUAAUAGAGAGUCCUAAUUUAGACGGUAGUUUUGGAGAUAGCCACAUUGAGGCACUCGAAAUUCCAAAUUUCGAUAAGGGAGCUAAAAAGCUCGUCCAUUUAAACAAAGAUAUUGUCGAAGUGACCGAAUAUGUUGGUGAUACCGUGAAAGUGAUUGUUGACAGAUCCGAAUUGAAAAGUAACUGUGAUAAUUGUGAGAAUCCUGAAACCAGUUUAGUAAGUAAUGUAAUGUGUAAAAAUGAGUCAAAAGUUGAACCAGAACUGCUUAAUAAACCACGUCUUAUCAGAAGCAAUUCUUAUACUUUAGAGGCUCCUAGCCCAUUGCUUCUAGCUCAUUUGCGCAAAAUUUCGGACUGUAGCCAAGGUUCUACGGACCGCCUUAGAAGCUCGUCUGAAAGUGGUGGCUACAGCAGUAUAAAUACUGUCUAUCAAAAUGACAACAGCAAACUGGAGGAAAUUAAAUCUCCCACAAUAGAAGUAUUUCAAACUGAUAUAUCAGUUCAGCAAAUUAUGGUUAACACAAAUAAACCUGAAGAGGCUAAUACGACCAAGGAACAAAAGCGAGCAACAUUCUUUAUGAAAGAUCCGUUUGACGUUCUUGAUGCCGACUGUGAGUUUAUGAAGGUACUAAAAGAAAUACCAGAAAAUUAUGCAGAUCAAAUUAUGGAGUUAGUCCGAAAACAACAAUCAGAACAACAACAACGACUUGAUCGAUAUGACUGUAAUUAUUCUCCUGACGAAUCAAAUAUGUCACCUCUGUCAGCUACCGAGAAAACAAAACCAAGAAGUAGGAUAAGACGCAGCAGCACUUUUUCAAUGUCACCUAGUCAGUCGAUUCACUACAGUCUUAGCGAGUCUGACACUUUAACUGCCCCAAAUACUCCGCCCCUAAAACUGAUUGACUUGGAAAAUAGAUGUGAAGUGUUAAAUACAUCUUCACCGAGCAGAAAAUCCACUUGGAAAGAUAAUUUGAAACAUCUUGAGAUCAGCAGAGAACUAUUUCCCGCGACUCAAAACCGAGAGGCAUGGGCCGCCAGUAUAAUUGGGGCCCACGUCAAGGGUUACCUGACGCGGAGGUUGCUUCGCACCGAAAGGGUUCAAAAGCUAAUUGAAACAAUAAGAGAUGUGCUGAUGUGUGCCUUAGAAUUGCAUCGGUCUGACCAUAUCGACGCGAAAGACGUCGAAUUACACAGAAGGUUGAUACAACAGAUUUCCGCUGCAUGUUACGCCUUCCACGACAUAUUUUUCGAUCUCUCUAUACGUGAUCAGAUGCAGAUAAUCGCCAACGACAGGCAGCGUAAAAUCGAUAGGCUAAAAAGAACUUUGUCCGCCAAGAGACCUUCGUCAGCUAAAAGUACUACACGUUCAUUGGGUUCACAAGGCUCGAUCGAUCUGCCUGCGUCGAAACACACCAUUUCGAUGUCGCAAAGCGCUACUAAAGUAUAGAGUCCAAUAAGGCUACAAAUCAGGUGCUAUUUCUCUUGGGUGAGUUUUGAAAUCAGUUAGAGAUGGUUAAGAAUAUUUUCGAUGCAAAGCAUUUUAAAAAACAUUGUCGCACUACUUUUGGCUGUACUCCGACUGAAUUUUUUUACCUUAAAAAAUUUAUAAAUAAAAUUAUUUACGAAAUUUGAAAUAAAACGACUCGCGUGUAAUAUUACUAAGCAACUGUAUAUUUAUUUUUUUUGUAAAACAUUUUGAUAUUAGAAUAAAACAAUAACAAACCUAAAACGACAAAAUAAAUUACCAAUAUAUU